AUGGGCCUUGUAGGAUAUAAUCAUCGGCUUGUUCAAGGAUUCUCAAGGAUAGAUCAUCCUAUCACUUCUCUUCAGAGGAGAGGGAAUAAGUUUGUUUGGUCAAAGAAGUGUGAAGCAACUUUCCAGACUCUUAAGGAGCAUCUGACUAGUGCACCUAUCUUGGCAGUACCAAAUCCAGUAGGAGAUUUUGUAGUGUGCACUAAUGCUUCUUUGAAAGGUUUGGGUAUAGUUUUAAAGAAGGAUGGACGUGUUAUUGCCCAUGAGUCUCACAAAUUCGAGGAUCACGAGCUGAAUUAUCCCACUAACAAUUUGGAGUUAGCGACAGUUGUUCAUUCUUUGGGGAAGGAGAAUGUUGUGGCAGAUGUGUUGAGUAGCAGGAGGCAUGAGUUAUCAACGAUGGCUCUCAUUGUAGAUUUGAGGAGUCAGAUUCUUAGUGCACUUCCUUUAGAUAUUUGGUACUAA